AAGCAACAUACGGACGACCCUAAAGUGGUACUAGUUAUCGACAGAAACAUAAAUAAACUCUUGUUAGUCGAUGAUUAGUUUUUUGAAUUAUUAAGUAGGGCGAUGUUCUCUUGAAGUUUCAAAUUCGGUUCAGUGGCUACAACAUGUUGCCAUGUUUCUUGUUAAAGCAGUUAUUUACGAUUGUGCUUCAUAUAAUUAGGUUGUAAUUUUAUCGUUCUCAAUUGAAUUCUUCUUCAUUUCUGGGCAAAAAACAAACUUGCAGCUUGCGAAGACGGGUGAGGGACACAAACCGUGUGUUAAUUGGGGGUGGAGAUUCCCUGUGAAAACAACAGGCCUCAGUCUUGUGCUUCUCCCACAGUGUAAGAGCAGUUCUUGGCCAAUCACCUGGGUUCACUCACCUGUGGAGAAUCAGGUCAUUGUGACAUCGACUCCUGCUCUGUCCAGGUAGCUGAGUGCUCAAAGCCAACCGCGGUUUGCGCUGUGACCUCCCCCCUGCAAGGCAAUGUAAGUCUUGCCGAGUGACAGCGUGUAAACGAGGGCUGUACACAUUCCCCAUGUCUUCAGGAGGAGGGCCAUCGGCCCGCUUUGACCGGGUGCGGGACGUUCCGUAUUACGACGAGGUCCCCUUGGGCUCGCUGAGGAGAGAGGAUGACCCCCGCGCGCUCGGAGAGCUGAGGGGGGCGGAGCUAGCGCUGAGCUCCGACCCGCUGCCGCCCCCUCCUCUCCCGGACGUCCCCCCCGUGGGGCCCGAGUUCUACCCCAGCGACAGCGAGGACAACCUCGACGCCCUCGACAUCAAACCCGUGCGCCGCUUCAUCCCCGACUCUGUCAAAAACUUCUUCCGCGGCGGCAGCGGCGGGGGCAGCGGCGGCGGCGGCGGGAGCGACGGAAGCAGCGACGCCAAGCCGUGGGCCAUGCUCCACCCGGAGAACAACGGCACCUCCCAGGGGGUGCGGUGCUCACCCCCCCACUCCCCCUCCGUCCCCGGCUCCUACCGGGACCCCUACGGCGGGUCGGGGGGCAGCUACAACUCCCGAAAGGAGCGCGAGGCCAUGCUGCUCGGGUUGGACCCCCUGGAGUCGAUCGACGGGCGCACGGUCCAGACGGUACUCACCUACAGCGAGCGGGUGGAGGCCUACAACGAGCGCUACGCCUACAUGAAGUCGUGGGCGGGGCUGCUGCGCAUCCUGGGCUGCAUCGAGCUCCUGCUGGGGGCGGCCGUCUUCGCCUGCGUCUGCGCGUACAUCCACAAGGACAACGAGUGGUUCAACAUGUACGGCUACUCCCAGCCCCAGAUGUACGGGGGCUACGGGGGUCAGGGCAUGGCCGGGGUAGGGGGCGGGGCCUACUACACGGGUCCCAAGACCCCCUUCAUCCUGGUGGUGGCCGGCCUGGCCUGGGUCGUCACCGUGAUACUGCUGGUGAUGGGCAUGACCAUGUACUACCGCACCAUCCUGCUGGACUCCAACUGGUGGCCGCUGACGGAGUUCAUCAUCAACCUGGCGCUGGCCCUGCUCUUCAUGGCGGCCGGCAUCGUGUACGUGCGGGACACCAACCGCGGCGGCCUCUGCUCCUACCCCGUCUUCAACAACGGCAUUAACGGCGCCUUCUGCCGCGUGGAGGCCGGACAGACCGCCGCCAUCAUCUUCCUCUUCGUCACCAUGCUGGUGUACCUCAUCGGCGCCAUCGUCUGCCUCAAGCUCUGGAGGCACGAGGCCGCCCGCCGUCUCAGGGAGGGCAUGGCGCUGGAGAUGAAAACAACAGCAUCUUCUGUUCCAAGAUCCUUGUUGAUCGGAAGUUCGAACGGACCGGUGGAGUCAGUCCGGGCCAUUCCUGUCCAGGCCCCGCCCUCGGUGGUGAUGCCGCCAGAAAUCCUGAGUGGGCACAUCCCGUCUGGGCACAUCCCCAAGCCCGUCAUAAUGCCCGACUACGUGGCUAAGUACCCCACCAUCCGCACAGACGAGGAGAGGGACCAGUACAAGGCUGUGUUCAACGACCAGUACGCCGAGUACAAGGAGCUCCACGCCGAGGUCCAAGCCAUGGUCAAGAAGUUCGAUGAGAUGGACGGGCUCAUGAGGAGCCUCCCGACUCACCCCACCAGCCAGAUGGAGCAGGACCGCAUCAACUUUCUCAUGCAGGAGUAUCAGAGGAAAAAGAUGGACCCCACGUUCGUGGAAAAGCGUGAACGCUGUGAGUACCUGAAGAACAAGCUCUCUCACAUCAAGCAGAAGAUCCAGGAGUACAACAAGGUCAUGGACUGGAACGACGGCUACAGCCUGGACGGGCUUGGAACACGGUCGGACCGCUACGAUUAGAGAGAGGCCGCCGCCUCGAUACCGCCACCGGCGCCGACGGGUCGCUCGCUUGCUUGCUCGCUCGCUCGCCUCCUUCCACGCCAAAUGGACUUGGAAGCAGAUAUCAAAUUUUUUGCCUGCUGAACAAAGUGAACUUUCUGACCAGUCAGAUCCUGCCUGCGCAAGCACAACUUCGGGGGAGAAAGGGGACUGUUCGAAACUGUUUUUUUCUCCUUUUCCCCUCUCUCUGAAAAGAGAACAUGAAAGCUUAAUGGAAGGGAGAUGUGGGAACUGAGACUCUUCUGUCGUUUUUGGAACAUAUAAGACAGCUGAUCUGUGGCAAAAAACUGCACAAUGGGGGAAGUUCCAAAUGGCGGUCAUUCAGUGCAGACUACAGUACCAAAUGGAACCAAAAUACAUCACAAAUGUGACAUUUACUUUGGAAUUAACCGGCGUAUUGAAAAUUGAAAAGGAAAUUCCGUUUGUUUGGGAUUGUAUUUCUGAAGGGGAGUGGGAGGGGAAUGAUGCUAUCCGUUCACCGUGCCUUCUGACUGAAUUGCUCGUUUCCAUGAUUCCGGUGUCUGUAAUUCCGAACGUUGUUUUUGAGUAACGUUACCGGUGUUGCUUUCAGAAGGGCAUCUGCAUACCUGCUCUGUGGCGUGACUCUGUGGCUUUUUGGCACAACACCAUUGUAAAAGACAGCCCAUGUGUUGCGUGACCUUGAAAAAAUUUGUAGAGAAACUGAGCCAACCGGGCUGCAGUUCUCAAAAGUCAUGGUCAUGGUUCUACGUCCUGUUGUGGCAAAGCCUUUUACCUCCUGUACUGCUGUGUAUAUGAUCUGUUUUUUUUUGGUCUGUGUCUCAUUAUCUGACGUUCUGUACAACUUCACAUUGGAAUUGUAAUCAAGUUGUGCUCAUUUCGACACAGACCUCUUCAGUAUAAUUUCAGGUCUGCAACUGUGCAUGUGUUUUUAAGCUGAAUGCCUCUUCAGUCUGUUAUUUGUUUAACAAUAUUUUGUGUGAUUUAUUUUCUUUUUUCCAUGAGAGUUUGAAAUCCUAAUGUGUUUUUGCUUUCAUAAACUCAGUAAAGCAAAUUUUUUUAAGACUUCAUAGAUGGCACUCCACUACUUUGAAACCAAUAUUUAUUUCCUCUUUGUGAACCUAAGCAAAACGGUGCUCUCUAGAAUUGUCUAAGUUUGACUGCACCUUGUGUUCCUCCUGCUUUUGUAAAUGCAUUCACCCAGGAGUGUGCAAACUGCUGUGCGAUGAGCAUUCGUGUUGUGGUAUCUUUUUUCUUUGAACCUCCACAUAUCUGCAGAAUAUGUAAAUAGAUACUGGUUUGGAAGCUGAAAAACUCUC